AUCUUCGCCGCUCCGUCCGCUUAUCAACGUCGGCAUAAUCGUUAUCGGAAGUGCUCUCGACCUGAUCACAACGCAUUCUGAAUGUGGUCAAUUUAUUGGGAAUUUCUCUGGAAUUUUGCCCUAGUGGUCAAAUAAGUAACAUCUUAUUAAUUAUUCUUCAAUUCUAAAAUUGUGAUAUCCUAGAAAAUGGCGAUAGCUGCGGUUGGCCAACUCUGUUCGACAGCGAGCAUGGCACAUAAUCUCUCCCAAUGUCAAGUACUUGUGAGGAAAGCUGUAGCUGCAGGUGCAAAGGCACUCUUUCUCCCAGAAGCUUCUGACUACAUUGGUGCAUCAAGUGCAGAAACAGUGUCUUUAGUACGCCCUGUACAACAAAGUGAAUUUGUCCUAGGCUUGCAGAAAGAAGCUAAAGACGCAAAGUUACCUAUCAACGUUGGUAUUCAUGAGCCAGCUGAAGGAGGCACUAAAGUCAAAAACACCUUGAUAUGGAUUGACGAACACGGAGAGAUUGUGCAGCGUUAUCAGAAGAUACACCUCUUUGAUGUCGAAAUUAAAGACGGCCCAAUUUUGAAAGAAAGCACGAGCGUUGAGAAAGGAACGGAGAUCCUUCCGCCAUUCGAAACACCUGUGGGAAGGGUAGGCCUGGCAAUAUGCUUCGAUUUACGAUUCCCUGAAAUAUCUCUAGCAUUAAAGCGUCAAGAUGCGCAAAUAAUAACCUUUCCUUCAGCGUUCACAGUACCAACUGGGAAGGCACAUUGGGAGACUCUUCUUCGUUCUCGAGCAAUUGAGACUCAGUCUUAUAUAAUUGCUGCUGCGCAAGCAGGAGCUCAUAAUGACAAACGAAUAAGUUACGGUCAUUCGAUAAUCGUUAAUCCUUGGGGAGAAGUGGUUGCGAAACUUGGAGGAGACUUCAAAGAACCGGAAAUUGCAACUGCUGAUAUCAACCUUGACCUCGUUGCCAAGGUAAGAAGAGAAAUGCCUUUGCUGCGACGAACAGACAUCUAUCCUGAAGUAUGAAUAAAAUGGAAAUAACGAGGGUGAGAGUAGUAUCACGUCUUAGGAGAUUGGUAUACAAUAUCCGGUACCUCGAGCAAUUAUUUACUGCGCUUGAUUGGUUUCUAAAUCAUCAUUUAACUAGUGCAAAGAAAUAAAUACUAUAGAGAUUAAGGAAAACGAAUGCAUAUCAAUAAAAGAAACAUGUCUAGAACCAACCAACAGUCCC